CUUUUCAGGAAGUGUGUCCCAUCACAACCGGAGGCGGAGGAGUCGACAGUUCAUUCUCGCUAGAAAGUAAACAACUCACGUUAGUUAAACACACACACACAGCUAAGGACAUGAACUGAUAGUAAACUGUGUAUCACGAAGAUUGAAUCGCGAUUUAAACAGCGGGGACUGUAAAUGCCUGCUGGUCAGGACUGUAACCAUGCCCAUGUUACCUGUAGUGCCUGAAGUCCAGAGUCAUGUGCUGGCUGAGUUUGACUGUCUGGACCCCCUGCUCUCUGCACUCCGCCUGGACUCUGGCAGGCUUAAGUGCACCUGCCUGGCUGUAUCGAGGAAGUGGCUAGCUUUGGGAACGUCAGCUGGAGGGCUGCACCUCAUCCAGAGGGAAGGAUGGAAGCAGAGGCUCAUCCUCACACACAAGGAGGGAUCUAUCACUCAGGUGUCGUGUUGUCCACACGAUGAAGACUUUAUUGCUGUGGCAACAAGUCAGGGCCUGGUGGUAGUGUGGGAGCUUCAACUUGAGCGUCGUGGCAGACCAGAGAGGGUCAGUGUUUCCUGGGAACACCGUGGCCAGACGCUCACCUCUCUCUGCUGGGACACCGCAGCCCUCAGGGUGUUUGCUGGGGACAAAGGGGGCAAGGUGUCCUUCCUCCGUGCUGGAUCCUCCAAACUCGGAAAGGGCUCAGCGUUUGUGAUCUUCCCCGUCCAGACCAUCACUACUGUGGAUUCCAGGGUGGUUCAGCUGGGUUAUCUGGACGGACGACUGCUUGUGUCCUCUCUCACCCGCUGCUACCUAUGUGACACGGAGAGGGAGAAGUUCUGGCGUGUCGGUAACAAGGAGCGUGACGGGGAAUACGGAGCGUGUUUCUUCCCUCUGAGCCGCGGCGUGACCGCUGGCCAACCUCCUCUGCUGUACUGUGCCAGGCCUGGGUCUAGAGUCUGGGAGGCCAGCUUCAGUGGAGAUGUCCUCAGCACGCACCAGUUUAAACAGCUGCUGGCCGUACCACCUGCACCUCUCAUCAGCUACAGAAGUGAGCCCCAUUACAACCGAGCCCAGAAGAGUUCCCAGUCCAUAGCCUUCCCCAGACUGUUAUACUUUGGGGAUCAGAACCUGCUGACGUGGACAGACUCGGCUAUCUAUGUCUUCACUCCUCAGAGUGGCCAGGUACUGCUGUGGACCGAGGUCAAAGACGUGGUUGAGUUAGCGGUGUACCGCAACGAGCUGUUCUGUCUCCAUGGUGACGGCCGCAUGUCCCACCUCUCGCUGUUGUCUGUGGAGCGGUGUGUCGACAGGUUGCUACGCAGGGAGGCGUGGUCUCUAGCGGCCACGGUCUGUGUGAUGUUUCAGCAUGCGAUCGCCCCCAGCAGGGCCAGGAAGUCGAUUCCCAUCGACCGACUGGAUCACCUGAGGUCACAGCUCAGUGUGACCACCCACCUGGAUCUGAUUGGCCAGCUGGAGGAAGUGGUCGCCAAGCUGGAGCCUCUAGACUCCGCCUCCAGCAGUCGCAGGAGCAGCAUCUCCUCUCAUGAGAGCUUCAACGUCCUGGACUGUGGCAUCUACCGUGUCAUUAGCCGGCGAGGCAGCCAAUCAGACGAGGAAACCAGCUCCCUUGUCAGCCAAUCGAUGCUUGAGGAGGAGCGGCUGAAGGAGUUUAGCUUUGUUCAGGAGGAGGAGGAGCAGCAGGGGGCGGAGCAUGCAUCGUCUGCUUGCAUUCUCUCAUCCUCCCAUCCUCCAUCUCUCCCUCCAUCCCUUCUUCCUCCAGAUCCCCAGAGCGGUGGUGGUUUGGAGGUUACUGAACCCAGCGGUAACCACCAGUUCCACCUCCCCCUGUCAUUCCGCCCCAAACACUCCCGCAUCGCCUUGCAGGCCGUCAGAGACAGUGUCUCCAGUUUUGUGAAGAAGACUACUGAGAAGAUCAACACUCUCCAGAUGAACUCUGACCUUUGGCCACGUCCCCCUGACCCUAAGGACGGGGGUCAAGGACAUGUGGAGGCUGUAGCUACCACUGUACCAUUCCCAGAGGACGGUGACCACGAGGAGUGUCUGGACCCAGGAAAUGCAGAGACGGAUCAACAGGACCUGAUAACGGCUACAGAGAAAGGGAUCUCUCAGAUCCAGGAUCCCUUGGUUCUGUUGGACCCAGCCUGUCUCAAAGAAACUCUACAGGAGUGGAUCCCUGUGUUGGAGAGGGUUCUAGGUCCUGAGCUGGAUCUAGGUCUGGGAAAGCAGAGUCCAGCUGGUGAGGAGGAGGAGACGGAAGAUGCUGCAGACAACCGUCCAGAGAACGUUCAGUCUGAGAUCCCCUCGAGCUCUCCUGAGGGCCAGGAGGAAGGGAAGAGAGGAGAGGAUUCCCCACAACAAAAUGGAGGACAAGAGGACCAGAGAGAGGCUCAGGACCAUCACAGACCUGACGAGGCCUCCACUGAAGAGAACCUGAGGGUGUGGUCCCCCAAACCUCUCCCCCCAGACCUCCAGGCUCACCUUACCCAGCUGGCCACUCUGUACCUGGAGCUGGGUUAUUUUGGGGACCCUGUUGUCCAGAAAGAGAGGGGUGUAGUAGGGGUCAAUGCAUUCUUGAGACGGUUCUUCUUCCUUCUGGACCAGGAGCGGGUGAGGAGGAUGUGUCUACUCGGCUACGGGGACCAGCCUGAGGUCCACAUCUCCUUCAUGGAGGCCAUGCUAGAACUAACCCAGUCCAGUAAGGUGGUAGAGGUGAUCCAGAAAGGAGACCUGCUCAAAUCUCUACGCUGUCUCAGAGAACUACAACCCUGGAGCGCUCCGAUGCUCCUCGCUCACCUGCACAGGUUGUAUGAGAAACAUGGAGAGUUAGCAGUUCGCUCCUUCACCCAGUUCUAUCCCACAAUCCUCCCCUCUGACGUCACAGCCAUGGCCAAACAUAGCCACUUCCUGGCUUACCUAGACAACCUUGUCCAAUCACGGGCCGAGGAACAAAGACUGUCAUUCCUUGGGUCCCUCCUCCAACCAGAGGCUCUGCGACAGGAUUGGCUGGGGCUGGCCCUUACCCACGAUGCACCUCAAAAGAGCGACACACUGACCACAGACGGACAACCGAGAUGGCACUCCCAUUUCUUCAGCUGGGGUUAUGGUCGUCUCCUAUCCCUCCUGAUACGCCUUCCAGCUGACCUGGCCUCCAAACAGAAGAUGGCUGAGACAUGCAGGAUCAACGGGUACUGGACUGGCUAUGUGUACCUGUGCUGUGAGCUCCAACGUCGUACAGAGGCUUUCUCUACCAUCUGUAGACUGGACGACAUGAGUCUGCUGGAGGAACCCAGUGGCAUGGUGCCUCAGACCAUGGAUGAGUGGAAGAUGCUUCUCCAGCUGUCUCAGCAGUGUAGUAACAGCAGACCGUCUGACCAUAUCCCAACCCCAGAUCCCAACCCCUCCUUGGCUCCUACCCCUUCCCUGGCUCCUACCCCUUCCCUGACUCCUACCCCUUCCCUGGCUCCUACCCCUUCCCUGGCUCCUACCCCUUCCCUGGCUCCUACCCCUUCCCUGGCUCCUACCCCUUCCCUGGCCCUAGCCUCCAACGGGACCAGCCCCAGCCUGACCAACGGUGGCUCUGCAGCUGACCAUAUCCAGACAGAGGUGACUCCAGAGAACCUGGUCUUGCGUCUGGCCCGGGCUGUGGGCCCCGACCGGGCCCUUGAGGCCCUACAGGAGGUGGGGAUGCAGUCGGACAUGGAGCUGGGGCCACACUCCACCCUGGUCUGUGAGCUGCUCCGUGUGGCUGAGAAGAGACAGAGGGCUCUGAUCCAGACCAUGCUGGAGCGCUGUGAUCGCUUCCUCUGGUCCCAGCAUGCUUAGUGAGACAACACCAACCAACGCGCCUAGCGGGUCCUCAACCAACGCCAUUCAGAACAACUAUUACGGACAACUGCUAUGGGGAGUAAUGUUAGGGUCAAUUCCAUUUCCAAUUCAGGCAGUUAAACGGAAAUUUAAUUUCCAGUUAUCCACAUUGAAAAAAGCAAUUUAAUUGACUGAAUUGAAAUGCAAUUGAUCCCAGCCCCGAUCUGAUCCAGAGCCGAUCUGAUCCGAAACAAGUUAAAUUACCCUUAAUGUGACCACAAUGCUUACUAACUACUUUUUAAACUGGGCCCUAAUCAUUUAUGUUGUACCGCUCAUGACUACUUUUUAAACUGGGCCAUAAUAAUUUAUGUUGCACCAUUCCGGAGUUCCAUUCCGCACCAACAUUCUAGAAUGCGACUCUGGUUGACCUGGUACUGUCAAGACAGAAGACUGUAUUUAAGUUGUUAUAUUUUAUAGUUGCCAAAACCCUGCCUUACCGAAGAAAUAUGGGAUUCAUCUAUAAAUCAUCUGAAAGUAUUGUUUUUGAGUUGUGAGGUCCUCGGAUGCAUUUUCAACCCUGAUGAUGGUAUAUCUGACUUCCUCCUUGGGUCAAACUACUGCAACAUGGUUAUAAAGCACCUGAAUGAAUCCUUUUGAAGACAUUUGUGAAAAUAUAAUUUUAUUGAAAUGCUCUAGUCUAUUAAUAUAAUAUUUAAUGUGAAUAAUAAAAUAUAUGAUGGUGAUCUGA